AUCACCGAGUUCACCGCAUUCAUUCUCGUCGGCAGAUGGCGGAUAUAGUAGACGCCCUCCGUCAGUCGCGCAUAGACAACUCGUCGAGAGUAGUGUGAUUGCGAUUCGCUCAGCACCAUUUUGUGUGUAUCGUUUCGAACGGGACAUUGUGUGUAUGUGCUCCGUGAAUAAUUGUAAACCACGAUUAACCAAGUUUCAAAUUGUAUUCUGUGUUUCACUUUCGACAUGCCCACGGAAGGAUCGAUGUGAUAUCUCGGGCGCUUGUAGAAACCGCGCCUCCGUCAUGAGCGAGUGAUCGUCGUAAAAAAAGUUAACACAGGAAACAUGUCUGGGCGGACCGCCGACGCGGAUGCGAGCGAAGGGUUCGAGUUCGAAAUUCGAAAGCGGUCAUGUCAUCGCCUCUCGGAUUUCGUAUAAGUCACCGUCCAAUGUCAAAAUCGUGCACGUACCGCGAGCGCCGACCCUCCGGAUCGUGCGGAAAAUGCAAUCGUUGGUAGUUUGGUGGGCGGUAGUGUCGGCCGCUUGGGCGCUGGCGGGUGCUUGCUCCAGUUCCAUCUCUAAGCGGCCCGCGAGGCCCGCGCGGCCUCAGCGGCCGCAGCCCCAGCCGCAGCCACAGCCGCGGCUUAACGUCACAUUCCCGACGUUCAAGUGUGAGCCGGACUACUCGGAGUACUACUGCCUCAAUGGCGGAGUGUGUUUCACAGUGGUGAUAUCGGACAGUCCCAUCUACAACUGCGAGUGUCGCAGCGGUUUCGUGGGCCAAAGGUGCGAGUUCAAGGACCUGGACGACUCGUACGUGCUGACGAGUCGGCACCUGAUGAUGGAGACGGCGUCGAUCGCAGGCGGUGCGACCGUCGCAGUGUUCCUGGCGAUUCUAGUCUGCUUCGGCGCGUGGGUGCGCCUGCACCGACGAGCGAAGGCGCCGCCGUUCUCGGAGGAGCGCGGCCAGGUGCAGCUGGUGGCGGUGGCGGCGCCGCGCGGUCGUGUCUCGCUGUGCAAGGCUCCCGCGCCGGCCCUUGCGCCCGUCCACCGCUAGGCCAUCACCCACCGCCUCCCGGACAGUGCAACCGACCACUGGACUAUUACCCUGUUUAUAUUGUAUCUGGUGUACAUAUAGAUAGAUUAUGUGUUAAGUUAUGUCGAGGUAACAAGAGUUAUGAGAAAAAUUUAUGUGAUAAUUAUUUUACGAAGUUUAUAAUUUAUUUCGAAGGAAUUUCUUUUGUAUAUACUGAUUCGGAUACCUUUGGAAGAUGUGGUUACAUUGUGAAGAUACAAAAUUUGAAUUGCCUAGUGUUCAUUUCCUGAAUCCUACAUUAUUUUGUUGAUCAUAUUCAGUGUAUGUCGGAUGUGUGAGAUUGAACAUCGACCGUGUACCUAAUGCUACUCGCUUCAAGUAGAUCUGUUAUAAUGUUAUGUAUUGUUGUUGGCUCUGUAUCACCAGGUACAAAGCUUACUGCCCGCCCGUGCUGAGCAGGCGCUCCGGUUUACCAUUUACUGUUGAUAUUGCAAUAGACAAAGUGCAGAGGUGUGUGCUCAGCCCGGGAGGGUGGUGUGUCCAGUGCGACCGAGCGCUGUUCACACUGCAUGUUAUUGUUUGUUAUUGUAGCAAAUUACUCGGUACCCUAGGUACAUGUGCAGGCUGACUGUUCUGCCACUGUACUGUUUAUGUAAAUGUGAAUCUAUGUUAAUUGUAUUUAUUAGUGUUACAUUCUAUACAAAUAGAAUUGUGAUGAAUUUGUAUGCUUGUACAAGGCAGCGAGUAGCGCAGUCGGUUCCUAUAGCUGUACAGGGCAAGAGCCCGCACAUUCCAUCUCGCGGAUAGAGUAUUUACUGGUACAGUAUUAUUUUGUAAUACGAGAGUUAAGCUGGCAGCUUUACAUUAUUUUUAAUUUAUACCUGAUAUCCCGUGGGAUAGUGCUGUAUUAUAUUUGUUUGAAGGCUGAAUGUGCCCUUGAUGAAAGGCUUCUUGUAAAUAUAGCCUGUGUAGGUAUUUAUUAGAUAUUUAUGAUCGUUUAUUUAUUGACUGCUUUACUUAGUUAAUCUUGAUCUGUCGCAUCAAACGCCUAACCGAGCGGAUAACGGUUGCAUUUUCAUUUCACCCUGCUAAGCAUCAUAAGGCCUCGCGUCUCUCGACUCCCAUUGUAAUCUCAUUAUGAAUCUCCAAUUGUAUGUAAAAAUUGUAAUAUUACAUUGGAUGGUGUACAAUAAACCCUCACUCUUGAAUGUAAGCUGCGGCCUGCCAAGCUUGUCUAUAUUCUUGCCGUACGGCGGUGUCCAGCACUGGACCUCCUGUAUGUUUAUCAAUAGGUAGCAUCUAUACAAAUAACGGCCGUGUAACUGUGCAAAAAGUUAUCCUAACACCGUGACAGCCGGUUUCAGUGCUGAACACCUGUCGCUUCUUAAUUAUAUGCUCUCUAUUUAACAUCUAAUGUUUAUCUCGUAAUGUAAUUUCACGUUUCAUUUGGCAGCUUAGAUUGUGGAGUGAUUGCAAAAAAAUAGUAAAUUUAUCAGUAGGCUGUGACAUCACGCCGGUCUGGUGCUGGCGACCCGGUGGGGGUUUUAUUCUAGACCGUUGUGUACCAUUCCCAUAUAUUUGACACGUGCGACGUUCACGUGGACCGCCGGUUGGCCAGCCGCCGGCCGUGCACUAGGUGACUCCUACCUCGAGUCUGUAAUGAAAGUGUUGUCGUUGUGACGGGAGAUCUGUUUUGUCAAUUGAUUCAUAUGAGAUCCUUUAUAUGAACAUUCCAAAGUAUUUGUAAAAUAUUACCUACAAUGCUAAUUUUGAAGUAUCUGUUAAGACGCUACUUGUUAAUUAUACAGUUUUCUAUUGAUCAUUUGUUAAAAGAAAAUUAUAUGAAACUAAAUCCUUAAAAAUGUUUUUCAUUCAU